GACUCUGAUGUUGACGACGAUGGCAUUGUCACUGAAGCCGCAGCGUUUGUGCAUAAUGAACCCUUGCAGGAUGAUAUUGAUAUUCCAAAAGUCAAGUCAGAGGUGGAGAUCCUUCAUGAGAACGUCAAGAAACAAAUAAUUAAGGAAGGCCAUGGUGCAAAGCCUCCAAAGUUGUCAACUUGCUUCUUUCACUAUAAGGCAUGGGCUAAAGGCACUUCACACAAGUUUGAAGAUACACGACAAGAGCAGAGACCUACAGAAAUCAUAUUGGGAAAAGAAAAAAAGAAAUGGCUGGUUUGGCCAUUGGUAUCGCUAGCAUGAGGAGCGGGGAGCAGGCACUCUUGCAUGUGGGUUGGGAACUAGGCUACGGCAAAGAAGGAAGCUUUUCAUUCCCAAAUGUACCACCUAUGGCAGACCUUAUCUAUGAAGUUGAACUCAUUGGCUUUGAUGAAGCAAAAGAAGGAAAAGCCCGAAGCGACAUGACAGUUGAAGAGAGGAUUGCAGCUGCUGAAAGAAGGAAGGUGGAAGGGAAUGAUUACUUCAAGGAAGAAAAGCUCGAGGAAGCCAUGCAACAAUACGAAAUGGCAAUAGCUUAUAUGGGCGAUGAUUUCAUGUUCCAACUGUUUGGAAAGUAUAGGGACAUGGCAUUGGCUGUGAAGAAUCCAUGUCAUCUCAACAUGGCAGCAUGCCUCAUCAAACUUAAACGUUACGAGGAAGCUAUUGGUCAAUGCACUAUUCCAUCCACCUUUGCUUUCACGUACUGCAACUCCCAUCAGACAAACCUGGUCCCGCAGCUGACUGCCUUUACAUGCUUCAGGUAUUAUCAGAAGAUGAGAACAAUGUCAAAGCUCUUUUUAGACGAGGAAAGGCGAGAUCAGAACUCGGUCAGAUUGAUGCAGCCAAGGAGGACUUGGAGAAGGCAAGGAAACAUGCCCCCCAAGAUAAGGCAAUUGUCCAAGAGCUUCGCUUGCUAGCUGAACAUGACAAAGCUAUUUAUCAGAAGCAGAAAGAGAUCUACAGAGGGAUCUUUGGGCCGAGAGCUGAACCUAAACCAGAGAGCUCAAAUCGGCUUGUCUUAUUUUGGCGAUGGCUUGUUGCUCUUAUUUGUAGCCUACUCAAGUUCAAGAGGCACAAGAAAGAGUAGAAAUUGUUCAGCACCGUUAAUGGGACCGUUCCAAUGUACUCCUGAUUAACGGUUUCACGCAUGCAUUAAACAAGAACUAUGCCGAAAACAUUAUUCGAUGAUCCAAGCAUUGCUUUUUAAUUAAGAUAAUAAACUUGAUUUUUGUUU